AGGGGGCGCCACGUUAAAGCACAAAAAAUACGUUACGAAGCCAUAUUUUCAUGCUUCGCGCACUGAAAACUAGCAAACGAGAAUUGAAUUGGGGGAAAAAAAACUCUGCAUUUUUGAAGGACGUUGAAAUUCAUGGAUCUCAUGACAUCAAGACCAUUCUGAUUAACGUUUUGAAUUAGGAGAGGUAGAGAUGGGUCAGACGUUAUCAGAACCCGUCACCGUCAAAGAGACGUCCACGGCUUCAAACCAUUUCGUCAAAGUUGGGGCCUCCUCGAUGCAGGGAUGGCGAAUCAAUAUGGAAGAUGCACACACAAUGAUACUAAGUAUUGAUGGAGAGAAUGCUUCUUUCUUUGCAGUUUAUGAUGGACAUGGAGGAGCGAAGGUAGCACGAUAUGCUGGAGAGCAUCUGCAUCGAAAGCUAACCAACCAACCGACAUACAAGACAGGAAACAUCCACUUAGCAAUCAGGGAAUCAUUCUUAAACUUAGAUGAAGAUAUGCUAAAAGAUGAAACAAUGAAAGAUGAACCAGCCGGUACGACAGCUCUAGUCGCUGUGUUGAAAAAUAAUAAAGUUUAUUGUGGAAAUGUAGGUGAUUCACGUUGUGUGAUGAGUAUCUGUGGUCAUGCGAAGCCUCUGUCGUUUGACCACAAACCGGGCAAUGAGAACGAGAGUAGGAGAAUAAUCGCAGCUGGUGGAUGGGUAGAAUUUGAUAGAGUAAAUGGAAACCUUGCAUUAUCAAGAGCAUUAGGAGAUUUUGUCUUCAAAAGGAAUACAAGGAAACCACCAGAGGAACAGAUAGUGACGGCUGUACCCGAUGUAACCGAAACAGAAAUCAAUUCCGAUUGCGAGUUCUUAUUAUUAGCAUGCGAUGGUAUCUGGGAUGUGCUCACUAAUCAGGAAGUAGUGGACUUUGUACGAACCAGGAUAGCAAAUAAGAUGGAUGAAGGACAGAUAUGCGAAGAACUAAUGAACAGAUGUCUGGCUCCGGAUUGCUCGAUGGGCGGGCUUGGAUGCGAUAACAUGACGGUGGUCCUGGUUAGCUUGCUUCAAGGAAAAUCAUACGAUGAACUCAGUGCCAAGUGCGCGAAACCAAAGUCAGACAAGUGUCCGUUUGAGAUGGAGUAAAGGCUUCAGGAGCAGCUGUGGGGGAGGAGAUUCCGGUGCAUUAAUCUCAAAGUGGACGCUGCGUGAAUGGUAUUAGAGCCAAUUACAUGGACAGGACGGCUUGUUACCUGCUGCAUUUGCAUUUUUGCGAUCAUUAUCCUUUGAGAAACGCUCAGUGUGAGAAGAACCGCUGACUCUGUUCCACCUGGGGCAUAUUUCAUGAAACUUCUUAUCUGUGAUUUUCACUGACGUAUCUACUCUUGGCCAAUCAGAUGGAAGGAAUUCAGUAGCUUAUAACAAAUUGUGAAGAUCACCGAGUAUUUGUUUCAUGGAAGACUUCCCUGUUCUGCAAAGGAAACUAGUCUGUCUUUGCAAGCUUAGGGUGUGGGGUGGGGGUGGUAGAACACUUGACAUUAUCCACUUGACAGCAUAUACAUGUUAUUGUUUUUUCCAUGAUCGCGGCAGAUAACACAAAAUUCUUUAUAUGUCAUUUUGUUGUACAUAGUGAUAUUGUUGGAGCAAACAACACUAUCUCUCUGUUAAAAUCUUUUUCUUUUUUUUCAGUUUUGUUUGAAGGGAGAUAUAAUAUCUAAUUUGUUUUCACUCCAAAUAUGACCUCUUGACCUUGUGAUCUUCCCAGAAUGCAAUGAUAAUUCUAUAUUGUUCAUAUGCAUGACCAGCACUCCUUUCCUGUUUCUUACAACACCGAUUUUAUUAUGUCUGCCUCAGAUGUUACGAUCUUUAAAUAAUAGGGAUGUAUCUAGAAAUAUUUUAUUCCAAGACGCAAUGUUAUUAUUAUUACUAUUACUCCGGCUUUAGCUCUAGCUGCCUUUCAGCGCUCAUGCAUUCAUGGAAUUAAUCAUGCCAGGAACCCAUUCACCUCACCUGGGUUGAGUGCAGCCAAUUUGGGUAAAUUUCUUGUCGAAGGAAAUUACGCCAUGGCUGGGAUUCGAAUCCAUGACCCUCUGUUUCAAAAUCAGAAGACUAAUCUACUGGGCCACAACGCUCUAUUAAAGAGCUUAGAUAGCUUCCUCCCUCCCCUUCAAGAUCUGGGUCUCAUAACAAAGGUUAGCAAUUAAUCGAACGCUUGAUUUUCAUGAUUGAUUGUACAUUGAUGUCAAUGCGAUCAAUUGUAGAAAAAUGUUAUACAGUCAUUGCUAAGUUUCCAACUCAUCUAAUUGCCAACUCGUCUACUAUCAUUUGGUCUACCAUCAGUUCGUCCACUCACCACAUGGUCUACUUUCAUUUAGUGUAAGCCAUUCCGUCUAAUAACCAGUUAGUCCAGUAGCCAUUUAGUCCAUAAAACCAUCUGGUCUAAUUAAACCAAAGUGUUAAUUGUGUAAAAUGAAUGAAAAGAAAAUGGGUAUUAGACCAACUGGUUAUUAGACGAAAUGGUAAUAGACGAACUGGUGAUUAAGUAGUGUUGAUGGGACCAAAUGGUUAAAGACAAAUGUUGAUGGACAGAAUGGCAUUAGACUAGUGAAGGUAGACCAUGAAGUGAGUGGACGAGUUGGCAGUAGACGAAUUGGCAAUUUACCAUUCAUAAUACAUAGCCAAUGGGAGAUCGUUCACAGUGUUGGUCUGUCCGCUUUAAGUUUUCCUCGCAUCCCCGACCAUUACAAUGCAGCCUACGGACAGGGUACAGAUUAGGUAUUAGUAUUUUUCAAGAAACUGAUGUCUUUAAGGCCCCCAUUCCAUAGAGGGGAGACCUUUGAAAGACCAAACAUUGGCAAGAUCUUACAGCAGUCUCCUAGAUCACUGAAAUUGUUCAUCUCUAUGAAAUGGCUCAGUCUCAGAAAGACACCUCAAAGAACUCUGAACGACUGAUUGAUACGUCUUGUCUUACUGGACUUGGACUAGUCCUGUAGAUAUCUUUCAAUGGUCUUCCAGAGAUCUCUUAUGCAACAAGUGAUCAUCUUUCAGAAUUCUUUCCAUGGACUUUUCCUGGUCUUUCAAGGAUCUUUCAAUGAUCUCUCAUGAGUCUUACAGUGAUCUCUGUAAAAAUUUUGAGAGACUAUCGAAAGACCAUUGAAAGACUGGUGAGAACUUUAAAAGUUCAUCGAAAGACCGCUGAGAGACUGUUUUGGGAAAUCAUGAGGACCACAAAGAUCACUGAAAAAUCCAUCAGGAAUUGUGAAAGAGCUCGGAGAUCUUUGAAAGUUUGCUGAAAGACCCUUGAAAGAUCAAGCAAGUUUCAUGGUCUUACAGCAGUCUUUCAGAGGUCUUGCUCUCUGUAAUGGGGGUUUAACUAAGGAAUAUGUCGGGGCAUUGUCUUACAAAUAGUUACGAUUGAUCCAAUCAACCACAACUAUGGAAAGCCAUCAACAUCCAUAAUACAUGUUCAAAAAAAUUUCUGUAUGCUGUAUAUUCAUACGUUCAUUGUUCAUUUGACCAUUCAGUAUGCUUAUCUUUGUUUUCAAAGGACAUUCUGCAAAUUUCCUAAAGAAAAAAUUAUGACAUUGAUGGAUUUCCAUUAGAACAAAGUUGGCUCAGUCGGUGAAGCGUCUGCCUGUCGAACCAAAGAUCAUGGGUUAGAGUCCACUCCAGUCGGAUGACUGAAACCAGUGCGUUGUGUGUAAACGUCUCUCCCCUGUUGCAUAGAUGCAUGUUACAGUGGAAAACACUCCAUCCCUCGCAUAGGACGUUAAAUGGAGGCCCCGUGUAGGGGAAAGUCACCACCUUUGCACGUUAGGAACCCACUGCAUGAUUCGUAUAGGAGUAGGGGGAAACCCUGGUGUAGAGGUCCACCUGCACUUCCCCAAUCAGUUAUAUCGGGAGGAGAGACCUGCAGGUCACAGUGAUUCAGUUCGCUUUUUGCCUCCCUGGCACAGGCGACGCCAAACAAACGCUGAUAACAUACUCGAGGUUGAUUAUAUCACUCGUACAUGUAACUCUUUGUAUGACGGGGUGCUGAUGUGUUAUCAGAACAGCACUGUAUUCGCCAUUUCGAGGUUUCAGAUGUUUUUAUUCAGUCCUUGCUUGCUUGUACAAUUUCUUCAGUGCAUUCACACACUUUAUUUUCAUCAUGUGUAUUGUUAAUUGUGUGUUGAGUAUUGAAUAUAAUUUACAUAAUUAUUUCUUAGUGUGGCAUUAUACCCGUCAAUUAUGACAUAUGAUUUUGACUACUAUUAAGCACACGCAAACAGAUCUUUAUUUAAUUGGUUGUUUUCUAUGAGCAUAGAUAUAUUUUAUACUACAAGCAUUCUACUGCAUUUUUUAAACUCAGAUUUUUUUUUCUUGUCCUGAGUUUAAGCGGACAUUUACCUGUUGCAUUUAUUCAUGAGGUUAUUCAGUCACUAUGUUAUGAUGACCAGGGAUUUGUUUCAUAAUAACAAAUGAGCAAUUUCCUUAGCACGUCUACAAUCAGCCAAUCAAAUUGGAGGAUUUCAGUAGCUUUAAACUGCUAUCGCAAGUUAGGUGUUGUAACAAGUUUUAUGAAAUGGGUUCCUGAUGUUGGGUGCACUUAAAACUUUGAAUUAAGGGUCAUGCAUUGAAAAGAAAAAUAUUGCUUUGAUACGAUGAAUCUGAUUACUGCAAUUAUAAUUUUCCCACUGCCUAGCACAGGUGAUUAUAAUCUGUGGACAUUUUCAAUACUUUGCAAAGAGUGAAAUUGGAAAUUUCUUUACGACUGGGAUAAUCUGCAUAUGUACACAAAGUUUAUACACAAUAACUUCCAAUGCUAGGGCCAAUGUUCUGACGUCGCGUUUGGUCUAAGUCUGUGCUAGAAUUAUGGAAAGCCACACGUGUCAAAAUUUUGUGUACAUUUUAUGCUAAUCAUGUUUACUGUGCUCUUUCCAAAUCCUGGAUUGGUGACGACUGCUGUCUGAUUAAUCCUUCCCAGAUAUUUAAAAAUGAUUUGAGAGUCAAAUGAGCUGCUUCAUCUAACCUCGUUUGUAAGAGACUUAAGUCACAACUCGCUGUCCACAGUCAAACCACAGCUUUAGACCACAGAGUUUGAAUCAAACGUGACUUCAGGGUACAGGCUUGAGAGGGUGUCGCAAGAAAAUCUUAGCAAUCAAUUGCAAAUUUCAGUUGCAAAAUCACAAGUGAUAGAUAAAUUUGAUAAUUAUAGCAAAUCAAUAAGAUUUGUGGUUGAUUUUAAGACCUAAAAUUGACCAGCAAUUUGGUAGAUUCACCAUACGGUGCGCCAUCUAUCGAUUGCGGCGGACAGGCCAAUCUCUAUUUUCAGGGUCGUCAUGCACGCAGCAGGCGCAGGCAGCACACAAUGCCAGUUUAUUGUACGUGACUGUGAUGCUACAAAAAUUAAAACCAUAUAAAGGCAAAAGCGGAAGAAGAAUUCGCAAAUAUUUUGCAAAGAAAUAUGUGGCAAAUUUCUCUCCAGUCACCUCCUGGACCCUGAUAAACAGCAUAAUUUCAUGAAAGCGGGCGUAGCUGCAUUGGCCAGCACAGCAUAAUCGCAUGCAUGCACUAGCACGCGCAGCAGAUCUCUACGUCUACCCAUGAGGCAUCGUAAAUUUUGGCCUGUCCGCUGCAACCUACCUGUGGCGCACCAUAUUGUGAAUCUUCUGAAUCGGUUGCAAGUUUUUUUUACAACAUCCGAUUAAAUCUUAAGUCAUAUAUAGGGCUCUUUCCAAUGAAAAAGCACAGUACAAUAUAACAGCAGAGUUGGCUUGUCUUUAUUUACUCCAGGGGGUGGGUUUCACUAAGGGUAAUGACAGCCGAAGUGGAGUUACUCCGGAGCGGAGUCCAGAAGGAGUUACUCCACUUUGGAGGGCAGUGUGAAAAGUCAAGGAUUAUUUUGAUCCAGAUUCAAAGCCGAGUACUCCACCAAUUCGAGAAGAGGGUUACAAACGGAUUUAGUUCGCACAGGAAGUGCAGUAUCCCCUAUCACGCGCUUCACUUCAUUUCCGCAUGGGGACAUUCCGUGUGCCACACAUAUGGCGCGAACUUGCUUGGAAACCGUGGAAACGACAGCGGAUACACCGCUGCGGAGCUUGCGAGUUUGAAAGGGGGUGUAAUGUCGGUACGCGGUACAAGCGUAUCAACUCAAUCUGGAGUAACUCCACUUCGACUUCAGUAUGAAAUCAGCAUUAGAGUCAUGCUUAAUGGACAAGUCCACCCCCACAGAAAGUUAAUUUGAAUAAAAAGAGAAAGAAUCAGAUGUAAAAUAAGAAAGUUAUGACAUUUGUAAAUUUCACUUAAUUUCACAAAAACAUCUGCACAUCCUGGUCGGUUUGCAAAUGAGGGAACUAAUGGCAUCCCUCACUCACUAUUUCUUUGUAUUUUAUUAAAUGAAAUGUGAAAUAUUCUAAUUUUCUCCUCACUGUCAUGUGAAAGGAGUUUUUAUUCCUCCCUAAAUAUGUGGAAUUACCAUUUUUAACAUUUUGUGGUUCAGUGGAGUUGGUUCUUAUUGGCAAAGUUGUAAAAAUGGAAAUAUUGCAUAAUUCAAACAAUUAGAAACAGAAGAAAUAGGUAGUGAGGGACAUCAUCAACCAUCUAAUUUGCAUCUCACUGAUUGGCGCAUAUGACUAUUUUGUGAAAACUAGCGAAACUCCAAAAUGUCAUUACUUACUUCUUUUACAUCCGAUUUUGAUGAAAUUUUCAGCGUAAUGCUUGUUGAAUUUUUCUUUAUAGAUUUUAAAUCAACAGUUUUUACGGUGGACUUGACAUUUUAAUGUCAACUUGCCUGUUAUUUAAUGCUUAAUCUGAUGGUAGUGCGUGUCCCGUGCGCUUAAUCUGACCAAUGCGGUGAUGCUUUGUUUAGUGCAAGCAACUGUUAGUGCCACUCUAAGUCACAUUAAAUCUUUGUGAAACACCCCCCCC